AAUGCAAUGGACUAAGAGGGAAGGGCGAACGGAAGCCCAGAAGCUAUUAGGUGCGUUAAGGACACCGCGCUGCGUUGCCCUGGGAUUCCCGCCGUGUUUAUUCCGGGAACCUCCUCUCGCGGUGCAAGUGGGAUCUCUCGCCCUCGCAAGAAUCGGAUGAUCCGGGCGCGGGAGCAAGGCGCAGAAAGCUCCAGUUCUCCGGCCAAAGGGAGAAAAGUGAUAGGCGGAUGGGGGGGAAAAGAUAAUAAAACCUGCACCGGGACAGAAAUAACUUCGGUUGGAGAGAAAGGGCUGGUGCCUCGCAGGAAGUGGGGAGCAAAUCGAAGUGGUCCCAGAAAGACGCGAAGGUGAUGGAAAGAUCAACAGGAAGGGUUAGAAAGACCUCCAGGAGGCUUCGGUGAAGGUUGAGGGUUAAGCUUGUUGAAACUCCUGAGUAGCCCAAAGAAUAGUUCCGUUAAUAAAACAAAGGAAAACCGCAGGAAAGCAUUGGCUUGAAGAUCAUUGGUGGACAAAGAUUUGGGCUUAUUUCUUUGGGGGCAGAGAAAUGUCUCCAUCGGAAAGCACGCAGCGCCAAGAAUCCAAGGAAUUUGGGACUGCAAGCGUCGCUUUGAGUUUGUUCAAGGGCAGAAGACACAGUCACCUGGUUCCUUCGUUCUUUUAAAGUAAAAACUCAGAUUCAAACCCAGCUCGAGUGGAAGAAAGGUAGAUUCUCCACUAAGGAUCCCGUAAGGAUCCAGUACCCAGUGAGACUUUUAUCUGUUACUUACCGGAUUGUCAGAUCGUCCCCUAGAGGGGAAGAAAGGGCAGUCUUUGAAGAUUUAAAAAGAAAAAGAAAAAAAAGCACCAGGAAGUGGUAAGGAAAAAAGUAGCAAUCAAACUCAGGCUGUUUACACAGACUAAAAUAAAUAUGGAGUAAAUAUUGUAGAUGAUAAAGGCUGUGUGGUUCAGAACCACACCAAACUUUUGGAACUGAAGAAGCCAUUAAAUCAACUCUAACAAGAGAAACUGUGGAGAGGGGAAUUUCAAGUGUACCCUAAAAUGGGGAAAGAAAUUGGACCCCUAGACAUUGCCAUCUGCAGCAUUCUUAACAUAGGCUCCAGUUCUGAUGUUUGAGCUCCUGUUUCUCUCCAAUGAAUAUAAUUCCACCUUGUGCCUGAAUAAGUUCACUUUCUGGAUUGCUCUACUGAUCAAAUUGACUUCCUUUUCAAAUAAGGAUUUGGUGGGUUCUGUAUGAACCUAUGCAGGCCAGGAAAAAAUACAUGUUCAUGACUCUCUUUGCCACGUGGCUUCUGCUUGUUUUGUUUGGAGGAGACCAAAUAAGACGCUUUGCCUUUUUCUCUAGCAAAAAAGCUGAAAUAUUGAAGACCUGGCCUCGCUGGGCAGACAGGUUUCUUCUCAAGAACUUUGCAGAUUCUGAGGAGCUCCAGAACAAUGACAGGGGCCACAGUGACCAGUCUCCCAAAAGUCGGCGGGAGUUGAGGUUGAGUGUUUACAAGAACAGCAGGUGCCGUAUGGAGACUUGCUUUGAUUUUUCCAAAUGUAGGGAACACGGGUUCAAAGUCUUUGUUUACCCCCUGGAAGGAGGGGAUCCUGUAUCAGAAAGUUACCUCAAAAUCAUCACCUCCAUUGAAGAGUCACGCUAUUACACCUCCAACCCUGAGGAAGCCUGCCUGUUUGUUCUAAAUAUUGACACACUGGAUAGGGACCAUCUCUCUGUACAGUAUGUCCAUAACAUCAACGAGAAAAUCCAAGGUUUCCGGCUUUGGAACGAUGGGCGAAACCAUCUCAUAUUUAACCUGUAUUCUGGCACAUGGCCUAAUUACACUGAAGAUUUGGGCUUUGACAUUGGACAGGCUAUCUUAGCUAAAGCCAGCUUUUAUGUUGAGAACUUCCGCCCUGGUUUUGAUAUCUCCAUCCCUUUGUUUUCGAAGGACCAUCCCCAGAAAGGUGGGGAAAGAGGUUGGCUGUAUAAGACUUCUCUCCCACCCAAGAAAAAGUAUCUCUUGGUUUUUAAAGGGAAGAGGUACCUGACUGGCAUUGGUUCCGACACCAGAAAUGCUCUCCGCCACAUCCAUAAUGGUAAAGAUAUUAUUUCUUUGACAACGUGUAAACAUGGGAAAGACUGGGAGAAGCACAAGGACAAUCGAUGUGACAAAGAUAAUACCGAAUAUGAAAAGUUUGAUUAUCAGGAACUGUUGCACAACUCUACCUUUUGUAUCAUCCCCCGAGGGCGACGUUUGGGAUCCUUCCGGUUCCUGGAGGCUUUGCAGGCUGCUUGCAUCCCGGUCCUGCUCAGCAACGGGUGGGAGCUGCCAUUUUCGGAGGUGAUUGAUUGGAGUAAAUCAUCCAUUGUUGGGGAUGAGCGGCUUCUUCUGCAGAUUCCAUCUACGGUUCGAUGUCUGAACAACGACAAGGUCCUGGCCUUCCAACAGCAAACCCAGUUUUUAUGGGAAACAUAUUUUUCUUCUGUGGAGAAGAUUGUGCAAACCACUCUUGAGAUAAUAAGGGAUCGGAUAUUUCAUCAGGAAUCACGCCCAAAGUUCUUCUGGAAUACACUUCCUGGAGGUUUGGUGGCAUUGCCAGAAUACUCCACUCAUCUCAGUGACUUCCCUUUCUACUAUCUGCAGCAAGGAUCCAGCCCCUCCAAGAAGUUUACAGCAUUAAUCUGGGCUGUCUCACCAAUUGUCUCCCUUUCCCAGCCCAUCCUCAAGCUCAUCCAAGCUGUCUCCAGCUCCCAGCACUGCGCCAAGAUUUUAAUCUUAUGGAGCUGUGAGAAGCCAGCUCCACAGAAGUGGCCACUGACCACAGUUCCCUUGACCGUCAUUCAAAGCAGCAGCAAGGUCAGCGAACGGUUUUUGCCUUACUCUGCUAUUGGGACAGAUGCCGUGCUGAGCCUUGAUGAAUAUGCCAGUCUUUCAACCAGUGAGGUUGACUUUGCCUUUGUGGUAUGGAGAAGUUUCCCUGACCGGAUUGUAGGCUUCCCGAUGCGCAGCCAUUUUGGGGAUAUCAGCAAGAACCAGUGGAGCUACACCUCAAAAUGGACCAAUGAGUUCUCUAUGGUUCUCACUGCAGCAGCAUUCUAUCACAGAUACUAUCACAGCCUCUUCAUCAACUAUUUGCCUGCCAAACUAAAGACCUUUGUUGAUCAAAUUGCCAACUGUGAGGAUAUAUUGAUGAACUUCCUGGUUUCUGCUGUCACCAAACUGCCCCCCAUCAAAGUGAGCCAGAAGAAACAGCUCAGGGAGAACCCAUCUCAACAGCUAUUGAAAAGUGUGCCCCCAUCCAACAGCAGCCUGCAUUUUGCUCAACGCCAGGAGUGUGUCAAUCGCUUUGCUGCCUGGUUUGGCUAUAUGCCUCUGGUGCAUUCUCAGUUCCGCUUGGACCCAGUGCUCUUCAAAGACCAGGUAUCUGUGCUACGGAAGAAGUACCGGCAACUGGAGAGGGACUAGCUCUGGGGAGAAGCACACUGCCACUCUCUGGGAACACGCUUGGAGAAAAAGACACCAGCCACGCUGGACUGUAGCCACACAGACUCACUACCAACCCCAGGCCAAUGGCACUAUCGCAGGACUUUGAGUUGCACUCCCUGCAUUGGUGCCCUUUGAACUUUGGAUACUGAAAGGUGGAAACUCUUGCUGGUAGCCAAGGUGAUGCCAGAUGAAUGUUCAGUCUUUAUUGGGUUUUACCAGUAUAAAUAAAGGUUUGCAGAAAACAA